ACAUUAUUGUAGUUUAUUUAAUCUACUGGCAACAUAUUGCACGCUUAUUUUUAGAGAUUUUAAAAAAAUAAGUAUCACCAUUGACUCAAAAAACCCACCCCUCCACCCUGGCGGGGUCGCUAGAAGCAAUCCUCAUUAUUUUUUCGUGCACGGCAACAGACGCACGCAUCCGUUUACCGUUACGAAAAAACCAUAGACAUUAUAACCUCAAUUUUCACUCUUGGUCGGCGUGGUUAGAUCGCAAAGCAAAAAUAUGGCGGCGAUCAUGACCAAACGCAAGCGGCAAGAGAAGAUAGAACACUAUCAAAGAAAAUUGAGAAAGUAUGCUGGUUUAAGGUUUUCAUCGUCUUCAUCAGAUGAGAACUCGGAAGUCGAGGAGUUCUUCGACCGAGAAGUACUGGUUAUCCCUGACGACGAUGGCCAAGGCGCGGACGCGCCUAGCAUCGAUGAGGCUCCAGAGGCUGUUCCGGGAGAUGGUUCCCCUGCGCCCGUCACGCUCGACGCAACACCGGUUCCCGAAACGGCAGUUGUACCGGAUUUGGAUCCAGAAAUCGUCACCGCACUUGGUGAAGCAACAGAUGACAAACCUAAAUUCGGAGAAAAAAUCCACGAAAAAUUGGCAUCGCUUUGGCUACCGCUACUGCGGAAAGGUUUGGCCUCAGAGGCAAAAGAAAAAUUAAAGAAUGAAUACUUCAUUCCAGAGAACUGCACCCUAUUACAGGCACCAAAGCUAAACCCGGAAAUCUCCGCAGCUAUUACAGAGAUGGUUCGCAAUAGGGAUAAGAAGUUGGAGGCCAGCCAACAACAGCUUGGGCUGGGAAUUACAGCGGUGAAUCGAAGUCUAUCGAUCCUACUCACAUCCGAUGACAAAGUCACAGCAAUAAAGUUGUUAAGUGACAGUUGCCGGAUCCUGUCUGAUCUACAUUUUGGAGAGACCCAAACCCGCAUAAAAUUGAUAACCCCAGGGCUAGCCAGACCUUUCCUGAAUGUCAUCCAAGAUGAGGAAAGGGAUGAGUUACUUUUCGGAAGCAAGCUUGCAGAGAAAAUCAAAGCCUCAAAGGCUAUUGAAAAACAGGGGUUGCAAAUUAAGAAACCCGUACCUGCUGUUAAGAAUACACCAGCCUCCUCAAGCUCUACCCCCGUCCUACGAAAUCAGUACCAGUUCCAGGGAAACUGGGUAGGACCCACACGUUACCAGUCCAACAGGAACGGGCGGGGAGGUCACAGGAAAGCUACAGCGGCUCGCAAACAAGUUCCGAACCCACAAGCAAAGCCGGCGGGCCAGGCCAAGACUCGUGCUGCCACUCAACAAUAAGCCAGGUACCCCAUGCAGGACGAAUCAGGUCCUUUUAUGACUGCUGGUGCAAAAUAACUUCAAAUGAAGUUAUUUUGACCUGGCUGAAAGAGGGUUACUCUAUCCCCUUCGAAAGUCAAGUCUUUCAGGAUUUUGUUCCCAAAAUAAAUUGGUCUGCUUCAGAAAGAGCCGACAUGAUGGUGGCUAUUCAAAAUUUACUGCAGUUAGGUGCUGUUACACCUUGCGCUGAGGAAGAAGACCAGUUUAUUUCUAGAACUUUUUUAGCCCCAAAAUCUAAUGGGGGCAAACGCUUUAUUCUUAAUUUAGAAAAAUUAAAUAAAUUUGUAUCCAAGGAUCAUUUUAAAAUGGAAGAUCAUCGAACAGCUUCAAAAUUAAUUCCAUAUUGUGGUUAUAUGGCCACGGUAGAUUUAAAAGAAGCAUAUUUAUUGAUUCCGAUGGCGGCUCACUGCCGAAAAUAUCUUCGCUUCCAUUUUGAAAACGAAAACUCAGAUUUACUAACCUAUGAGUUCACGGCCUUACCGUAUGGGCUUUCUUUGGCUCCGAGAACCUUCACAAAAAUUAUGAGAGAGGUUAUCACCUACCUAAGAGGUAAAGGCCAUAAAUCUGUGUUUUUCUUGGAUGACAUCUUAUGUAUUGGGGAUAGUUACGAUGAAUGCUUGUUGAAUGUCAAACAAACCAUCAAACUAUUAGAAUGUCUAGGCUUUGUGAUAAAUUAUCAAAAGAGUAUUUUGGAACCCCAGCAAAACUGCCGUUACCUAGGCUUCAUGUUUAAUUCAGUGGAUAUGAACUAUCUUUACCCACUGAAAAACGUGAAAAAAUCUGUCCUUGUUAAAAAAUUUUCGGCACUCCCUUCCUGUACAAUUAGGGAAUUUUCGCAACUCAUAGGAGUUCUUAUCGCCGCUUGCCCUGCAGCCAAGUAUGGGUGGCUUUACACGAGAAUAUUAGAAAGACAGAAAUUUCUAACUUUGCAACGGGAUGCAAACUAUGACAGUAAAAUAAUAUUACCAAAGGUUAUUCUAAAAGAUCUGACUUGGUGGAAAGAUAACAUAUCUUUAUGCUCACAAUCUCUGGUACCUAUCACCUAUUCUCUCGAGAUAUUUUCUGAUGCAUCUCGGACUGGUUGGGGAGCGUUCUCGAAUAAUCUCCGAGCGCACGGAGCUUGGAGAUCAGAAGAAAGAUCUUUCCACAUAAAUCAGCUCGAACUCUUGGCGGUUUUUCUGGCUUUAAAAUAUUUCGCACAAGAUAGGCGUGAUUGCUCUAUAUUACUGCGUAUAGAUAAUACGACGGCAAUCAGCUAUGUCAAUCGCAUGGGUGGCGUUCAGUUCCCUCACCUCAACGACCUCUCGAGGCAAAUUUGGCAAUGGUGCGAGGAGCGGAAUCUAUGGAUUUUCGCCUCUUAUAUAAAUACUAGAGACAAUACCGAGGCUGAUCGAGAAUCUCGGAAAAUAAAUCUCGAUACAGAAUGGGAAUUGUCAGAGGAAGCGUUUCAGCGCAUAAUAAAAAGAUUUGGACAUCCAGAAAUUGAUCUUUUCGCAUCCCGCGCCAAUGCAAAAUGUCUUAAUUAUGUGUCAUGGGGAAGGGACCCAGACGCGAUUGCCAUAGACGCCUUUACCUUAUGUUGGAGUCAUAGUUUCUUUUAUAUGUUUCCUCCUUUUUCGGUUAUAUUGAAAUGCUUGCAAAAGAUAAUUCAUGAGAAAGCCUCUGGAAUUUUUGUUUUCCCUGUCUGGCCAUCUCAACCGUGGUACCCCCGGUUAAUGUCAUUAUUACAAUCGGAUAUAAUUUAUAUGAGUCCUGAGGAACAUAAAGUCUGCUCUGAUUUCAGGACAAGGAGCCCGUUCCACAGGCGACUUACCCUGGGUGCAGCGCUGCUCUCCGGCUAGCUUACCGGAGACGCGGCAUACCAGAAACUUCUUGGGAUUUAAUGCUAGCAUCCCUGUCCAAGAAUACCAUGCAGCAAUAUAAUGUAACACUAAAAUUGUGGUGGGCAUUUUGCUCAAACCUUGGUAAAGACGUAUUUGACAACUCAACAUCUUUAGUUAUUGGUUUUUUAACUGAUCAGUUUAAUAAGGGAGCGUCCUACGGGUCUAUUAACAGCCACAGGUCUGCUCUAUCUCUUUUCCUCGGAGAUAACAUUGGAAAGGAUGAACAUAUAAAAAGAUUACUUAAAGGUGUAUAUAAAUCCAGACCAAAUUUGCCAAAAUAUACACACACUUGGAAUCCCAAAUUAGUGUUGGAUCAUAUUGCUCAAUGGUACCCAAACUCGACUAUUUCCUUAGAACAAAUUACUAAGAAACUAGUUGUUUUGUUAGCGCUAUGCACAGCGCAUCGCGUACAGACCUUCUCUUUGAUUAAAUGGCAAAACAUUCAUUUUUGCCACAAUGGGGUAAAAAUAAUUAUAACAGAUAUAAUUAAGACCUCAGCUAUAGGUAGAGAGCAACCUAUUUUGUUCCUCCCAUUUUUUGAGGAAAAACCAGAAAUUUGUGCGGCUUCAGUUCUUAGGGAAUAUCUUUCUGUAACAAGAACUAUAAGACCUCAGAAUUCUGAUCGCCUCUUAAUCACUGUAAAGCGUCCCUAUAGAGACGCAACAGCACAGUCGAUAAGCAGGUGGAUAAAGGCAGUUCUGGCAGAUAGUGGCAUAGAUGUGACAAUAUUCAGUGCUCACAGCACACGACACGCUGCUACAUCUACAGCUGCAUUGAAGGGAGUAAAUAUUGAUCUCAUUAGAAAGACGGCCGGCUGGUCCUCUACAUCUCUAACCUUUGCCAGGUUCUAUAAUCGUCAGGUGAUUGACGAAACUAUAUUUGCAAGAUCAGUGUGUAAUCUGUAAUUAAUUAAUGACAAAAUUUAAUAAAUCAUGUUAUGAAUA